AUGAUUGCCAGCCAGCGCGUUCCCGAAAUCGAGCCCCGCAAGCGGGCGCGCCACCUCUCUCCACCGAAGCUUCAGGACAUCAAGGCGGAGCUGACGCGGCGCGCUGGCGAAGAGUUCGAGUUCGUGACGAAAUGCGACACCAAGCACAGCGAGGUGUACUUUCUUCUAUGUUCGCAGUGGUUGCAGCAGUGGAAAGACUUCAUCCGAACCAAGGCCUCCCCCCCAGGUCCCAUUUCCAACCACAACUUGGUUGGGCCGGAUGGUUGCCCGAAGCCGAACAAGCAGCCAAUCAAAGACUACCGCGGAGUGAACGAAAAGGUGUGGAAGUAUUGGCUGUCUCGCUAUGGUGGAGGUCCGGAGAUCAAGCGCCAUAAAUUGGAGUUGUACCAGCAGAAGCCACAAGCACCACCUCAACCGCCCUCUAAGGUGUCCCCCAAAACCACGCCGGUGGCGACCAGGCCCUCCGUGGCCCAGCCCCAGCCCCAGUCACAGUCCCCUCCAACCGCCCCACCACAGCCGUCACAGGCACAAGCAAGACAGGCACCAGGAAAGCGCAGCUAUGGCCCAGCCCCAACACCACAGCUCCCUCCCUCCGCGCCCUCGGCGCCCCUAGCCCCGGCUCAGCCUAAGCCCCAGUUCUCCGAGAGGCAGGAGAAGAAGCCAGCCCAGAAGCGCAAGCUCACAUGUGACAAGUGUGAUGGCAACCAUGCUACGGAAGACUGCCCACACUUCAAGAAGCCAAGAGACCAUCACCCAGACGCAUGGAAUCUCGUCGGCAAGUCACACCUCGUGGCCGCCAGCCAGGCAGACCAGAAGUUCGUGACUCGGGGCAGAAUUGUGCAACAGCCCGGAGACGGUUCCUGUCUCUUCCACGCCCUGGCCUUCGGCCUCGGGGGGACCUCAGCUCGUCAGUUGCGCGAGGAGGCGGCACAGCUCAUCGAGAGGCAGCCCCAGUCCCAGAUCAUCGGCACCGCGCUCCAGGAUUGGGUGAAAAUGGACUCGGGCCGCACCGUGGGGGGCUACGUCCACCAGCUUCGCCGGGGUGCUUGGGGCGGUGGCAUCGAAUUGGCCGUGCUGGCCAAAAGCAGGAGGGUGAUGGUGGAAGUCUAUGAAGCCCGAAAGGGUGGCUUUGCCCGCAUCGCCAAGUUUGGUGAGGGCAGGAAGGCAGUGCAGGUGCUGUACCAAGGCCGGCUGCACUAUGACGCGCUGCUGCUCAACUGA